AGCUCCGGCACCUCCAUUAGGCUCUCACCCUAUGAUCACACGAGCCAAGGCUGGUAUUUUCAAAACUCGCCAUCAGGCUAAUAUUGGCACUUUAGGUUAUUCCGGUCUUCUUUGUGCUCUUCUUAUCUCUAUUGAGCCUAAAGGUUUCAAAUCUACUGAAAAGAAUCCUGUGUGGCUUGCUGCCACGGAUGAAGAAACGCAAGCCUUGCAAAACAACCGUACCUGGAUUUUGGUCCCUAGGCCUGCUAACACCAAUAUUGUGGGCUCCAAAUGGGUAUUCAGGACCAAAUUUUUGUCUGAUGGAUCCAUCGAGCAUCUCAAAGCUCGUCUUGUUUCUAAGGGUUAUACACAGGUUCUGGAUUACAAACAAGGAUGCUGCGAAUUGUAUCCACUCUGCAGUUAUUGUGCUUGCUCCGAGUCUCCGACGAAGACAUAUGCCUACUACGAACCACAAUGGAAAUAAAAGUUGGUGAGAAGACUUUGAUGAUUGCGGCAACACCCAAAAAGUCUUAAAUCAAGGAGCUAGUUGACUGAUUUUGCAACUAUAUAUAUACUUAAAAUAAUUAAUAAUCUGUUUGAAGACUUUGUGUCUAUAAAAAAUAAAUUGUAGAUCUCAUCGCGGAGUCUACAUUGUGAAAGUCAAACAUGUUUGAUAACAUGUGGCGUGUUAAAACUAUUUUAAAUGAAUGUAUUGUAAAAUAAUUAAUGUUGUUUUUC